AUGGCGACUGAUCCCACAGACGCAGCGGACCACCUCGGAGGCGGACUCAGCGACACAAAGUCCAAUGCUGCAACAGUCGCCGCAGCAGCAGGAAAUGGAAGCGGAAGCGGAGACGCAGACAGCGAAACCUUGACGCCCCUAGAGCAAGAAGUCCUUGAUGAAUAUGCGAGGUUACUGGGGAACUUGAACCAUAUGUCAUCGCUCCUGGCUGAUCUGGCCGCCAACCCUUCGGCCGAAAUCCUCGAUGCGCUGCGCGGUCUUGAGCGCAAGACUAGCUUGGUUUUCACUCUGCUCAAAGCGAGUGUAUACAGCAUCGUUUUGAAUACGCAGAUCCGUGAGGAGGACGGUGGUGGCGGCGGUGGCGGGUUUGGGGAUAGCAGGGGGAGUAUGCUUUGA